AUGGUAGCGGAAGGCACGGCCGUCGUCUCCCCUUCCGCCCCCUUUUCCGCGAAUCCUUCCGCGUGGGAGCAGCACAGUCAGGCGCAGCUCCCCCCGUUCUCCGCCACUCCUUCCGCCACCUCCGCCAUUCCUUCCGCCAUUUCUUCCGCCGCUCCUUCCGCCGACCCUUCCUCAUCCGCUUCCGCCAAACCUUGCGCAUCCGCGGACAUGGCUCUCCGCCCAGCCCCGCCAAUGCGCUCAUCAAGCGAGGGCAGCGGCGCAGUUCCCGCCUCCUCCGGAGUCGGGCUUUGCGCGGACGCGGAAUGCGCGCGCGGAGGGUAUGUACACCGUGGAGCCACGCGGGGAGCUUGCGGCGGAGCAUGCGGCGCAGUAAGCGUCGGCGCAGAAAUCCGUUCCGCGGCGGACUCUUCCGCGGCGGACGCUGGCGACGCGCAGCUGAUAUUCUACGUGGGGCUCGCGCACCGGGGGGUUGUGCUGGCGGACUACGGCAAGCAGAGGAAGCUCCUGCGUAGCCUUGUCGCGUCAGCGCUCCUCGAGAUUCCGCACCACGUCAGCAGAUUCUCCAUGGGUUACGGUCGCACCAACGUCCUGUUCGCCGUCGACCAAUCAGGGCUCGCCGCGUUUGCAGUCGCUGACGGGGCGCUGGACCGUCCGCGCGCCUACUCUAUCCUGAGUAGCAUCCGAUGUGCUUAUAUCGAGCUCUGCUCGCUCUCCGUCUCCCGCUCCCCCUCCUCCCCGCGCGCCACUCUCCGCUCCGCCUCCCCCCCUCCCUCCUCCACCUCCGCCUCCGCAAUUCCCCCUUCCGCUCGCCGCGCCUUCUCCCCAAUCUCCGCGCGCCCUCCCCCUUCCCCCCCGCUCCCCGCGUCGCCUCCCCCGGACACUCCUCCGCGCCCCGCCACCGCGGAUCCCGCGUCGCUCCGCGCGUUCGCCAGGCGAUUGGCCGGCGGCGUGGGCCACAUCAGCAGCUCGAGCCGUUUCAGCAGCGGAGCGUGCCACGUCAGCGGCAGCGGGCACUGCCACAGGCUGAGUCACAGCAGUCGUGGGGGCAGCGGGCGCAGGGAAACGCAGGGCGGAGGGAGGGAGGGUACUUUUGUUGCUAGCAGUGGGGACAGUGGUAGCGAUGGUAGCAGUAACACUUGCAAUAGCAACGUGACGAUUCGCGAAAGGGGAGAUUCCGGGACCAUGAUAGGAAAGCACGAGGAAGGGACGACUGGACAUUUGCUGCUGCUGAAGCAGAGCAGCCAAGGUGAAUCCGCUCACUAUAACGGGGAUGCAACCGCUCCCUCUAACGCGGAUAAACCCGCCCCCAUUAACGGGCGCGGCGGCGCGCCUGUCUUCCUGCGUUCGCGAUCCGCGCGCCAUGCGCACGUGAUUGUACACGAGGCCCUCGAGCCGCGCCUGGAGGUGAUUGUGUGGAGCGUGCGCGGGAGAUUAAAACCCAAGGAGCGGCUCGAGUGCUACCCGGACGCGCCUCGGGCGUAUCUUGUGAAUCACUGCCAGGGGGAGAGACCAGGAGGGCGGAGAAUGGCGGACUUAGGGGGCAGCGGAGAAGGGGGCAGGGGAGGGGGAGCGGGAGGGGGAGGGGGAGGUGAGAGAACCGGUGCUGCUGGUGUGGGUGGGGGGGGAUUGGGGGGAAUCGGGGGAGCGGGGGUAACCGGGGGAGCGGGGGGGAUUGGGGGAGCGGGGGGCCGGAGGAUGAGCGCGCGGGAGAGUCUUUUGAGUGAGCUGUCAGACGCGCUGAGGGGCGUGGAGGAGGGGGAGAUAGGCGAGACGCGGGUGGUAUCGCGUCACCAGCGCACGCGGAGAAACUCUCGAUCCACAUCGUCCCUGGAAGUCAAUCUGACGGCCGAGGACCUUCCGCUGGCUCUUGGCGGUGGUUUUGCUGGUUUUGCCGGUGCUGGUACUGCUAGUGUUGGUGUAGGUGGUGCUGCUGUUGAUAGUGCUGCUUCUGCCACUGCUGCUUCUGACACUGCCACCCACCCAAAUGCUGUUGCUACUGCUGCCGCUACAGUCGCUGCUACAGCCGCCUCUGACGCUGCUACAGCCGGUGCUACAGCCGCUGCUACAGCCGGUGCUGCAAUUCGUGGUGGCAGGGGCGCGUUCGUGGGGGGUUACUAUCACGCGCCGCGCACCAUAGCAGGCAUGGAUGUGUGGGACGAUGAUGAUUCGUCGUACGGUGACCUGCCAAUCGGUGUCUCUGGUCGCAUCUGCUCUGCGGUAGGCUUUGGGGCCAUGGCGAGAACAGCGGAUGCAGAGGCAGGGGCAGGGGGAGGGGCAGGGGGAGGCGCAGGCGAGUUGGGAUUAGGGUUGGGGGAUGUGAGGGUGUCACGGUCGUUCCCCGCGCCGUGUGCCCUUGCUGCCAGUGACUCGUGCCCUGCUCCCCCGCUUCCCAAGAGCAGACUACACGCAAGUCAGGGGGGUGCUGUGAGUAGCGAGACUGGCGCUGGCGCUGGUGCUGGUGAUGUUGCCUGCACGGGUAGGCUCAGCAGUGGCAGCACUGUCAGCAGCAUCGCCAGUAUAAUCAGCACCGGCAGCACCACCACCAUUGGCAGCAGCAGCAGCAGCAGCAGCAGCAGUCAAUACGAGCCCAACCCGCUCUCUCACCCAUUGACUUUUUCCAUGCCUUUCCCCUCCAACCCACUCGCUCACUCUCCCGUCCCUCUUCCCCCAAACAUAAACCACUCCUUCCCUUCCCCUCUCUCCGCCUCCCUCCCUCCCCAACCCUCUCUCGCGCCUAAGCCCUCCCCCUUCCCCUCCCCUUCCCCCUCCCAUCUCUCCAAACCCCCCCUUGCCCCUCCAUCGGCCACCGCCUCCCCUUCUCCUUCCCCUUCCCCGUCCCCUUCCCCUUCCCCCUCCCCUUCCCCUUCCCCUUCCCCCAACGCCCUUCCUCCCCACUCCCCUUUCCCCCGGAUGCCAAACCCCCGCAUCGCGUCCCCUCUCGCCCCUGCUCCUCCCUCUGCUUCCCUUCCUACUGCUGCUCCUCCCACUGCUGCCAUGCUCCCCCCACUCCAUCCCUCCGCCGCCCCACCUGUUCCCCGCCCGGCUGCGGGAUCUGAUUACGAAUCGUGGGUGGUGGAUAGCAGCGCUUGGGGGGCAGCAAGUGGGGAGUGCCGCCCGGGUGCAGAUGGUGCGGGGAUGGGUGCAAGUGGUGUGGGGAUGGGUGCAGAUGGUGCGGGGAUGGGUGCAAGUGGUGUAAGGAUGGGUGCACCUGCUGGAGGGAUGGCAGAAGGGGCAGUGGCAGCAGCAGGGGCAGCAGGAGGGGCAGCAGCAACACCAUAUGCACCAACCUCGCACCAAGCACUGGCUUAUAUUGGCCUGCAAGAGUAUCACCAGGGGAGCACGCCUCAAUUUCAACAAUCAUAUAUCGGCCCGCAAGGGUACUAUGAGGAUGAAGGGGAGGAGGAUGAGUAUGGCGCACCUGUUGAUGCGGAUGGUAACCGGGUAACCGGUAAUCCGGCCCCUCUGCUGCCGCUCUCUGCCCCGGUUUACUCGCCCUACCCUCCCUUUCUUUCCUCAGCCGCUCAAUACAGUAACACUGUGUAUAACGGACCUGUCUACAGUGAUGCCGGCUACAGUAACGCUGGUUAUGGCGAGGGGGGAGCAAGCGGGCAAGAGGGCGACAAGGGGAGUGAGGGGCAGGAGGGGAAGGAGGGGAAGGAGGGGAAAGAGGGGCGAUCAAAGCCCAAGAGCUUGCAUGUGAGGCAUGUGUCUAUGGACGGGCAAGGGGAGACAGAUGCUUCGGACUCUGCUUGUGCCGCUGGGAUGGGUAUGGAUGGCAUGGGUGCCGCUGGGUCGGCUGGUGCUGGGGGUGGUAUCCGGGGGGAGGAAGGGGAGGGGGAGGGGGAGGGGGAGGGGGAGGGGGAGGGGGGAGGGGAGGGGGGAGGGUGA